AUGCUUGCUGUCUUGGUAGUUUUAUCUGCCUUGAUAGUUUUACUCUGCCUUUAUAGUUUAAUAAGAUCAAGAAGGCUUUAUGGAUAUAUUAGGAAGAAUCCCCUGAUAUCCUUCGUUAUCUUUUGUUUUCUCUAUAAGUCCUAUUAUUCACUCCAAAUCCCUAAAUAUCCACGAUAUCAAUAUGCCCGGAAAUUUUAUAACACAAAAACGAUAUGGCACUCGUUGUUAUUCUGUGAUUCUUGGUUGAAAAGGUUGCAAGAAAAUGAUAGACAUUUGAUUCGCCUGUGUUUUGCAUUUUUCCCGUUUCCCUCCAAAACAACAGAUAUUUUUCUUAACUCUUAA